AUGGACCAGGAUACCAGGAGAGAUUCUACUUCAAUCCAGGUAACACUGGCUUCAAGCUUUCGAGCAGAUGACUGCCUCAUAUUACUGCUUGCAGCAGAAGCAGAAAGUGGUGCUGAUUUGCAUUUGCUGCCUCGAUUCACCUCUACAGAAAAUGUAGAUGAGUUCCAUAGGGGUUUACUCUGCUCCUCCAUGUUUGCCUUUACUGUAACUUGUGGAAAGGCUGCUAAUGCUUCUUGGAACAUGGGGGAGUGGGAUCAGAUGGCUGAGUAUGUAUCUAAACUGGAUGAUGCUGAUGAAACUAAACUCAGGUGUUAG